GUAUUUUUACCGUAAAAUGGAUCCAUCAAAAAAUAAAAAACUAUAUAAUUCAAGGAAGCCAUCAAAAAAAAAAAAUCUGAGUUCUCGAAUGAAGGAGCUCUUGGGAAUUCGGAACAAAAACAAGCACAACCCCGAAGUAAUCGAACGUAUUGUGCAGGAACCAUUUUUCUUAGGAGUUGAUAAUCAACCACCGUGUUCGUCAAAGGAAACGAUCAGGCACAACCCCGAAUCAAUCAAAUCUGCUGUGGAACCAUUUUUCUUAGGAGCUGAUAAUCAACCACCAUGUUCGUCAAAGGAAACGAUCAGUAAAAUAACCAACUCGAGAGACAAUGGAAUUAAUGAUUGGGGAGUUGAAGAAACCUUACAUGAAUUGGUAACUGAACAAUCUACAUAUAGUAAUCAAUAUAUUGAGUAUGAAAGCUCCGGUAGACGAAUAGUAGAUAUCAAUUACGUUUUUCAUCAAAUUAAAAAUAGUGAUCACAAAGGGCCAUUUGGUUGUUCAUUUUUAAACAUGACGUUCAUUUCUGAAAAAAAACAUGGAUUAAGAUCAACUUUUAAGUUUAAAUGUGGUGUUUGUAAUAUUAUAAUGUUUAUUGACUCGGAAAAAUCGAAACCGGAAAAUUAUUUACCGAUUAACGAAGCUGCCGUUAGUGGAUCGAUAUCAGCUGGAAUUGGAUUUACGCAAUUGUCUGAAUUGUGUGCGACAAUGGAUAUUCCAUGUAUGGCGUCCUGUACUUAUAUACUAGUUCAAAAAUUUAUCAGCAAAAAAAUUCACGAUGUCGCAGAAGCACAAAUGAAAAUUGCCGGCGAAGAAGAACGUCGUUUAGCAAUAGAAGCAGGAUCAGUAGAUAUUGACGGAAUUCCUAUGUGCACGGUUGUCGCUGACGAACAAUGGUCUAAGCGCAGUUACAAAACUAAAUAUGAUGCAUUGUCUGGAGUGGCAACAAUAAUUGGUUACAGGUCGAGGAAAAUUUUGUUUGUGGGGAUUAGAAAUAGGUUUUGUGUAAUUUGCCAGAGGGCAAAAAAUAAAAAAUAAAAUCCACCUGAACAUACAUGUUUUUUA